AUGUCAAAACCGUUGGUCAUUCAUUUAGAGCCAGUUAGAUAUAGCCAACAACUAUGGGUAGAUAUUGAAGAAAUUGCUAAGGUAGAGCUUAUUGGUGAGUAUUCAAGGGAGGAGUUUAUUAAAGAUCUCCAUGGCAAAUACGCAAAUAUUGUUGCCAUGGGAAGAGGAUACCUUUCAGGACAAAAGGUUGGCAUGUUUGACGAAGAAUUAAUAUCCCAUUUUCCACCUUCAUUGAAAUAUAUUGCACAUCAAGGCACUGGAUAUGAUCAAAUAGAUGUUGAAGCAUUGACUAAGCGUGGUAUUCAGGUAUCUAAUUGUCCGAAUAUCACCACUAAUUCGACAGCCGAUACAAACAUAUUUCUUAUGCUUGGGGCUAUGAGAAACUUUGAAGCGGGACGUCAGAAUCUUAUUGCUGGUAAAUGGCCAACUGGUGGGCUUGGUGCUGGUGUAGAAGUGGGUUAUGCCCCUUAA